UCUUCGUAUUUGAAAACAUGGAGCCCAACAAAGUGGAUGAAGCAUCGAGUAAGAUGAGUGGUGAUGGAGACAUUGCAUCCAUCAUGGGAUUCUCUGGGUUUGGUAAAAAGGCUCGCACAUUUGACCUGGAUGCCAUUUUUGAACAGACCCGUCGCACAGCCGUUGAGAGGAGUCAGCGUGUAUUAGAGGAGCGAGAGAAGGAGUGUCAGAUGGAGGAGGAAGGGGAGAGCUCCAAAUCAGUCAAGUCAUCAGCCCAAAUUCAGAGAGACAAAACUGCAGCUGCUACUUCCAGAAAAAGGGAGAGUGAGAGCAGCAGCGACAGCGAUUCAGACUCAGACUCAGAGCUUAUUGGGCCUCCACUACCUCCUCAAUAUUCAGCACAGAAUGAUGAUGAGCUUGGGCGACGUCCACCAGGCCGCACGGCUCACAGUGAUGAAGAUGAUGAUGAAGAGGAGGCACAAGAGGAUGAUGAUGACGAUAAUCCAGUGAAGAAGAUUCCAGACACUCAUGAGAUCACUCUGCAGCAUGGCACAAAGACAGUAUCAGCUCUUGGCUUAGACCCCUCUGGAGCCCGUCUGGUGAGUGGCGGGUACGAUUAUGAUGUGCGGUUCUGGGAUUUUGCCGGGAUGGACCAGGCUCUUCAGGCCUUCAGAUCCCUCCAGCCCUGCGAGUGUCAUCAGAUAAAGUCUCUGCAGUACAGCAUCACUGGUGAUGUCAUCUUGGUGGUUUCUGGCAAUGCACAAGCCAAGGUGUUGGACCGUGACGGCUUCAAUGUCAUGGAAUGUGUGAAGGGAGACCAGUACAUUGUGGAUAUGGCCAAAACCAAGGGCCACACAGCUAUGCUAAAUUCUGGCUGCUGGCAUCCCAAGAUAAAAGAAGAGUUCAUGACCUGCUCCAAUGAUGGCACUGUGCGCACAUGGGACCUGAACUCGGAGAAGCAGCACAAAUCUGUGUUUAAACCACGUUCCAACCAGGGGAAGAAGGUCAUCCCCACAUGCUGCACAUACAGCCGUGAUGGGAAGCUCAUCGCAGCCGGCUGUCAGGAUGGCACCAUCCAGAUCUGGGACAGAAACCUCAGCGUCCAUACAAAGUUCCACUGUCGGCAAGCACACAUUCCAGGAUCAGACACCUCCUGCCUCUCCUUUUCCUAUGAUGGCAUGACUCUCGCUUCACGUGGAGGCGAUGACACUCUGAAGAUGUGGGAUAUUCGCAACUUCAAGAAUCCUGUAAAUGUAGCCACUGGACUGACCAACUACUUCACAAUGACCGACUGCUGUUUUAGCCCCGAUGACAAGCUUCUUGUAACAGGGACCUCAGUGAAGAAAGAGGAGGGAAAUGGGAAGCUGGUUUUCUUCGACCGAGCUUCCUUUCAGAGGGUCUAUGAAAUAGAAGUCACCAAUGCAAGCGUUGUCCGCUGCCUGUGGCACCCAAAACUUAACCAGAUAAUGGUGGGGACUGGGAAUGGACUGGCCAAAGUCUACUAUGACCCUGUUAAAAGCCACAGAGGGGCUAAGCUGUGUGUAGUGAAGAGCCAGCGGAAAGAGAAACAAGCAGAGACGCUAACACAAGAUUACAUCAUCACACCUCAUGCCUUACCCAUGUUCAGAGAGGCACGGCAGCGGAGUACACGGAAACAGCUGGAGAAGGACCGACUUGACCCAAAGAAAUCCCACAAACCUGAACCUCCUGUGUCCGGACCAGGUCGCGGAGGGAGAGUUGCAGCUCACGGUGGAACUCUGUCUUCAUUCAUUGUGAAGAAUAUUGCUUUAGAUAAAACAGAUGACAGUAACCCACGAGAGGCCAUCCUACGUCACGCCAAGGAAGCUUCAGAUAACCCUUACUGGGUUGCCCCGGCCUACACGCAGACUCAGCCGGAGCCUGUGUUUGCAGAGGAAUCAGAGGAGGAUGAGGAAGCUGACAAGGAACCACAGUGGAAGAAACGCAAGAUCUGAGGAAACUCAACAGCAGCUCAUUUUAUAUACGAUAGAUGACAGGAGUGACAAGCAGCUGCCUACAUCUGAGAGCAGUGCUGAGGAGAGAGGUGAAAUGGAACCAAAACAUGAACGUCGUGGGCUGUAAAACCAAAAUGAGCUGAACGACACUGAAACGCUCUGUAGAGGUGAGGAGAGCUGUAGAGUGACCCCUUUCACAUUCAUUUGAUCCAUAAUAUUAUUGAUAAGAGCUGCUUUUUAUCAGAACCCAGCACUGAAGAGACAAAAACAUUUUUUAGAAAAAAAGCUUCGAUUUAAAAAAAUAAUUCAAUAAGGGCUGAAAGAUUUGACAUUAACUUAACUGAGACUUGACUUGGACUUACCCCAAAAGCUCUUGUGGUAUGUCCGCUAUACACUGUAAGCACACCUUGUGUCCCUACUUAAUGCUCUCUGUACUCCUGCCAUCUUCUCAUCAGCAUUUACAGAUCUUCUCUGCACAGUGGAAACAUUCUUGAGCGCCUUGAUAUACAGCUCAGUGGCGCUUUACGGCUAGCUUUUGUUUACUGUACAACCCUAGGCUAGCGCUCAGGAAUGCACGCCACACUGUUGAGGCCAUCUCUCAAACCAUCCCCGCAAUUCUCCCCUUGUAACCCAAAUUUUCAUCCUCAAUUUUACAUGAUGCUUGUGUAAACACGUCCCAGGCAAAUUAGCACCAUCUGGCAUGGGAGCAUUAUUGUACAUGGCAGAAUACCAAGGAGA